CUCUGUCGGAAGCGUACCCCAUAUCUACACAAUAUCUACAGGAGUACUACCCAUUCACGCGGAUAUGAGAAUAUAAAACUUUUAAUACCAAACAGUAAUACUUUUUUUACUUAGAUAUUUUGCUAUGAAUUCACGUAUUUCGCAAGUAUUCCGUCCGGGACAGUUAAUUUAUUCCCAGAUGAAACAUUUAUCCAGUGUAGGAACUGGAAAACAGCUAUAUGAAACACUUGCUGUUACAGUUUCCAAGCCAUUUGUAUAUAGUGUCCAGUUAAAUAGGCCUAAAAGGCUGAACGCCUUGAAUGAAACAAUGUGGCAAGAAAUUAAUUGCUGUUUUAAAGAAUUAGCUGAUGAUGCAAACUGUAGAGUUAUUAUUCUAUCAGGUGCUGGAAAGGCUUUUUGUGCUGGCUUAGAUUUGGAAAGUGCAAUAAGCUUUGGUCAGGGAUUAGGAGAACACGAAGAUGUUGCCCGAAAAUGUAAAUUCUUAGAAAAGAAAAUAAAAUUGUGUCAGGAAUCAUUGACAUCCAUAGAACAGUGUCCGAAACCAGUAAUUGCAGCAGCACAUGGGGCAAGUGUAGGGGGAGGAGUUGAUAUGUUGUGUGCAGCUGACAUGAGAUAUUGUUCUUCAAAUGCAUGGUUUCAAAUUAAGGAGGUUGAAUUAGGAAUGACUGCCGAUGUCGGAACAUUACAACGAUUACCGAAAAUUAUAGGAUGUAGCAGUUUGAUACGAGAACUAGCUUAUACAGGUCGGAAGUUUCUAUCCAACGAAGCCCUCCUGUGCGGUUUUGUUAACAAAUUAUUCGACGAUGAGAAUUCGUUGAUGGCCGCAGCUUUAGAUAUUGCUGAGCAAAUAGCAAAUGCAAGUCCCGUGGCCGUGCAGGGAACCAAGAUCAGUUUGAAUUACUCAAGGGAUCAUACAGUUCAGGAGGGACUCGAUCACAUUGCGAUGCGCAAUCAAGUUAUGUUGCAAAGUGAGGACUUCGUAAAUGCAACUGUAGCCUUGGCAACCAAGGGAGAUCCACCAGUGUUUUCAAAGUUAUAAUUCUGCGUUUUUAUGAA